CAAAAGAAACUGAAAAAAUACUUAGAGAGAGAGAGAAUACACGACCGACAAUGAGGGAAAUCCUUCACGUUCAAGGUGGACAAUGCGGUAAUCAGAUUGGUGCCAAAUUCUGGGAAGUUAUCUGCGAUGAACAUGGCAUAGAUCCUACCGGAAAGUACAAAGGAACUCCUGUUGGAUCAUCUGAUAUACAGUUAGAAAGAAUCAAUGUCUACUUUAAUGAAGCAUCAGGCGGCCGUUAUGUUCCUCGCGCUGUUCUUAUGGAUCUUGAACCUGGUACUAUGGAUAGUAUCAGAUCUGGUCCUUAUGGACAGAUCUUUCGUCCUGAUAACUUCGUUUUUGGUCAGUCUGGUGCAGGAAAUAAUUGGGCCAAAGGUCAUUAUACUGAAGGCGCUGAGUUGAUUGAUUCAGUUCUUGAUGUUGUUCGUAAGGAAGCCGAGAAUUGUGAUUGUUUGCAAGGGUUUCAGGUUUGUCAUUCUCUUGGAGGAGGAACUGGAUCUGGCAUGGGAACUCUCUUGAUAUCUAAGAUAAGAGAGGAAUACCCAGAUAGGAUGAUGCUGACAUUCUCUGUGUUUCCCUCGCCUAAGGUUUCCGACACUGUGGUUGAACCCUAUAAUGCCACUCUUUCAGUGCACCAGUUAGUGGAGAAUGCUGAUGAAUGCAUGGUUCUUGACAAUGAAGCACUGUAUGACAUUUGUUUCAGAACUUUGAAGCUCAGCAAUCCUACAUUUGGUGAUCUAAACCACUUGAUUUCCGCCACAAUGAGUGGGGUGACUUGUUGCCUAAGAUUCCCGGGGCAACUAAACUCCGACCUAAGGAAGCUAGCCGUAAACCUAAUCCCCUUCCCACGUCUCCACUUCUUCAUGGUUGGUUUUGCGCCCUUAACCUCCCGUGGCUCCCAACAAUACGUGUCCCUAACCGUCCCCGAACUAACCCAACAAAUGUGGGACGCAAAGAACAUGAUGUGCGCAGCCGACCCCCGCCAUGGCCGUUACCUAACCGCCUCGGCCAUGUUCAGAGGAAAAAUGAGCACCAAAGAAGUCGACGAACAGAUGAUCAACGUUCAGAACAAGAACUCAUCAUACUUCGUGGAAUGGAUCCCAAACAAUGUGAAGUCGAGUGUCUGCGACAUCCCCCCAACGGGGCUGAAAAUGGCGUCGACUUUUAUCGGGAACUCGACUUCUAUUCAGGAAAUGUUUAGGAGGGUUAGCGAGCAGUUUACAGCUAUGUUUAGGAGGAAGGCUUUCUUGCAUUGGUACACGGGAGAAGGGAUGGAUGAGAUGGAGUUUACUGAGGCAGAGAGUAAUAUGAAUGAUUUGGUGGCGGAGUAUCAGCAGUAUCAGGAUGCGACUGCCGAUGACGAUGAGUACGAGGAUGAGGUGGCGGAUGAGGCCGAGGAAAAUUGAUGGUAAAAAUAUAUAUAUAUAUGGGUUUGUUAAUGUUUGUUAUGUUGUUGGUAUGGCUGUUGUGAUUUCUUUUGAAUGAAUGAAUGAUUGUUAUUGUUUGUUUGUUAUUGUUACUAUCAGUUUUAAAAACUCAUAUGCAUUGAAUAAGUAUGUGAUUGUCAAUGUUUUGUG